AUGAAUUCGAUCCCUAUCUCGGCCACCAGGCCUACAACUGGCAUCCGCAUUGCUCAGGUCGUCGGCCUCACUACUUCCGCAUACCUUGCUGGUAAGUACCUAGUGAUUUCAGGGCCUAACAGAUUGUUGACCAUCACUCAGNGUGCCAUCGGAAGCAUCAGCUGGCAGAGUGUGCCCGCCCUGUUGGAUGCACCAGCUCCUCUGCUCGCCAAACAGUGGAAGAAGAUCUUUGACCAGGGCAAGGUCGCAGCUCCACCAAUGGCUGUGCUGUCCUCUGCCAUCUUUGGCUAUCUUGCCUACAGAGUUGCAGCCGUCCUCAUUCCCAGCAUCGUGCCUUACACCGUCUUCGUCAUGUCAGGUGUCAACAGCAAGCUUCAGGAGAAGGCCUCAUCGCUGGCCAACGCCUCUCUUACUGACACCGCUGUCGAGUCGGGCGUAGCCGAGGGCGAAACUGCUCACCAACUCCUCGACAAAUGGGCCACACUCAACUUUGGUCGCUCGCUACUCCNNCCUCUUUUCGGAACUCUGGCAGCUGGAUGGGCAAUUGUCGACAAGUUCGAAGUCCUCGGUCUCGGUGCAGUCCUCAAGACUGGUGCCGACCGCAUGGGAUAA